UCUCUUUUCAUUCAUUCACACUCUCCGCAUCAAAAUUCAUCACACCUCGUCGAUUUUUUUUCUGCAUUUUUACCUAUUUCCAGAUCUCCAAUUCGAAAAUGUCGACGGAGAAGGAGAGAGAAUCUCACGUCUAUUUGGCCAAGCUCGCCGAACAAGCCGAGCGUUACGAUGAAAUGGUUGAAAGUAUGAAACAAGUCGCAAAACUAGAUGUUGAGUUGUCAGUUGAUGAAAGAAACCUACUGUCCGUGGGGUACAAGAAUGUAAUUGGCGCUCGAAGAGCUUCAUGGCGAAUCAUGUCUUCCAUUGAACAGAAAGAAGAGUCCAAGGGAAACGAGAACCAUGUGAAGCUAAUUAAAGGUUAUCGCCAGAAAGUGGAGGAUGAGCUAUCAAAGAUUUGCCAGGACAUUCUCUCUGUCAUUGACAAGCAUCUGAUUCCCUCUUCCGGUUCGGGAGAAGCUACUGUUUUCUACUACAAGAUGAAAGGUGAUUAUUAUCGCUACCUCGCUGAGUUCAAGACUGAUCAGGAAAAGAAGGAGAUAGCUGAAGAGUCCCUUAAGAGCUACGAGGCUGCUUCAGCCACUGCAAAUACAGAUCUCCCAUCCACCCACCCAAUCCGUCUCGGUCUUGCUUUGAACUUCUCGGUAUUCUACUACGAGAUCAUGAACUCUCCUGAAAGGGCUUGCCAUUUGGCGAAACAAGCAUUUGAUGAGGCCAUUGCUGAUUUGGAUAGUCUGAGCGAAGAGUCUUACAAAGACAGCACUUUAAUUAUGCAGCUGUUGAGAGAUAACCUCACUCUCUGGACCUCCGAUUUGCCUGAAGAUGGUGAGGACAACAUCAAAACUGAGGAAUCAAAGCCAGCACAGCCUGAGCAGUAAUUUCAUUGCAGCACCUGGAACAAGUUCUUCUGGAGGGUCUAGCUUUAUUAGUUAAACACCGUCAACUGUCAUAAGCUGGUGAUAUUUCAAUCCGUUUUAUCAGAGCAAUGAGAAAAUGAAACGUGUUUAAUCUGCGUCAGCAUUUUGCCUCCAAAGCCCUGGUUUCCGAGGAAACGAUGCAACACUUUUUUUGUUUGUUUGUUCGUUUUGUUUUUGUUUUCACCAAGUUUUAUUCUGUCUACUUUCUUUCACAGUUACUUACUGCCCUAUGAAAAUAUCUCAAGCAAUUUACUCAACAUUUCAUCUUUACACAAAUUUAGGGAAAAUGAAAAUUAUGAGGAA